UUUUCCAACCUGGUUGCCAUCCACAUUUUAUCCCUAUUUUGUUUCCAUCUCUUCUGUACUUAACUGCCAGGUCAGGGCUACAACAUUUUAUGCUAGUUGCUGCAAACAAGUCUCCAUAAAAUUAAUAUUCAUUGACAAACUUCCACAAUGCUACGCAGCCAGAGUAUCAACAGUCUUGGUGAGCAUAAACGCAAUAAAUCAUCAUCAUUCUUUAGUGCCUUCAGAACCAAAAAAAGUCAACUGCAACUUCAACCUGCCAAUGACAAUUCUUCUCUUUUGUCUAAUGUUUCCAGGAGGUCUCGGCGUUCGUUGAGUACCACCAUAUCAGCCUUCAACUUGCUGGAGAUGGUGCAUGAAGAUUACGAUGAGGAUAAAGAAAAUGUAUAUGAAUAUAGCAAUGUGAACGAAAAACCAUUGAGACCAAGAUCAAGUGCCCCAAUGUUAAACAAGCUGACUCCAUCAUCAGCAACUACGUCUACAACCAAUUCCUUGGCAGCCUCAAAGUUCUACAGCACCAGCAGAAGAAGUAUAAGAAGUUCAAUGUUCAUGUUAGCAAGAGUUGGAUCACGACAGGUAUUACCACUGCAACAAGAACAUCCAGAAAUCCAUAUCCACCAUGACCAAGUGAAUAUAUCUACUCCAGAAUCCACGCUAACUGAGACUGCACCUAAUUCCAUUGACAUUAAUGUUGAUUCAAUAUUUGACCAAUCUUCGAUUACUUGUGGCGAUAGUGAAAAUGAUGACUAUUCAUUAUCUUCAUCCUCCACAAGACAUCCUUCUCCAAAUAACUCCCCUGAUAAGCGGGUAGUAAGUCAUGCUCAUAGCUCGAGUAUUGAACUUCAACCAGCUAGAUUACAUCGCACCAUAAAUUCUUACAACAUCAACGAUUUCAUGCAAGGUAUGAAUGAAGAUGACGAUGUUAUCAUAACACGCCUACCAAUAAGUAAUCGAAAAUCAAUAGAACUUGAAAAUAAACAAAUUGAACAAUUGAAUCAAAAAUUGAAUCAAGAAACCCCCGAUAAUUGGAAAUUGAAUAUUUCCUUGGUUGGAAAUAUCGUAUUUGUUACUGGAAAUGCUAAAUCUGAGCUGGAAUUAUCAUAUUUUAUGAAGGAUUUGGAUGAUAUUAAUUAUUUGGAUGCAUUGACAAAUGAAGAUUAUAUUUCUCAAAUUAAUGUUAAUGAUGAUUAAAUUUAUUUUGACUAAAUAAUGCUGUAAUUUUAAUAUGUUUUCUUAGUGGGAAAACUGUCCAGAUAUCUCUAAUGGUAAUAUAUAAUGAAAGUUCAAGUAAUCAAUUCGUAGAUUGUGGAUUUGCAACUUGGUACAUUUGAACCAAUUCUCGGCAAACUUGUGACUUAUACCACUUCCUCCGUAUUCAAAAUAGAGUGUGAUAUAUAUUAAGAGUAAAUCUAAAGCUCCGUGGUUGAGUACACCCAAGAACUUGAUAGCCACGGAAAAUAUUGUAGUUCGCCACAAAGUUUAAUUUCUUGAAUGCAAAAAAAAUAAGCUAGUUUAUGAACAAGCAAAAACAUACCCUUCAUUCCCCAUUUUGCUGCCUCUAUAUUACCUUAAUUGAUAGGUAUAAUCAACAAAAGUAUAAUCACACGUUUUAAAUCCUAAAA